UGCUUUAGUAUCAAUACUAUUAAUAGUCCUCCGUAUUGGACAAAUUUAUGGAAUUCGAUAAAUUAAGGGUAGGGCUAUGGUACAAAAUGAAAUGUGGUGCGCGGUCGUCCGUCAGUGCAUCUUGCCGAUGUUUGUCGCCGCGCUCCGUGUGACCCAUCGCGACGCGCGAUGGCAGAGUCGAUGGACGACCGUACCCUUCUUCUCGUGGAGGUUUACGCUUACGUGAAUGUCCUUGGGACUAGUCGGUUGCCGCAGCACGAGGACACAGAGUAGGCCGACGGCGAGUACAGCGAGGAGAUGGAACCACAGGCUGUCAAAGACAACGCCAAACUCGCUCAGAAGGUACAGCAGACCCAUGGGGGUGGUCGCCAUAUACAUGCUGCUGCUGCUAGAGGAAGGGGAGGCUGCACUCAUACCGUGGACGACGCGCAUGGAGCGGCGAUGGGGCGCGGCGGGAGCAGAGUGCGCAUAUGGGUCUGAAAAGAGGGUGAGACCAAAGACAAAGGCGCACAGGACGAUGCCGGCUGCGGGGGCUGCCAACUUCGACUUGUUGAAGGACUGGACGUUCUGGUCCGAGGUGGACGUGGAGGUCGUGACGAGGGUACGCAGGAAGUGUAACUGUUCCGUGAGCGACUUGAUGGUUGCGUCCCGCGCAGCUAGUUGCGCAUCCCGUUCUGCCAAAAGUGCUUUCAAGUCGUUGUUCUCCCCCGCGAGGUCCGUGACUUGGUUCUUGCGGCGCAUGCGGGAUUUGUUCGCGCUCUCGCGGUUCUUCAUGAGUCGGAUUUCGUGCUUGGAGCGCUUUGAUGUAGAUUGAGGUAGUUCAGGUGCUUCAAGGCUGCGUUUGGUGGCGAUGGGAAGGCCAAUGGGCAUGGCGAACGGAAGAGACAGCGCGGCGGGGACGACGGCCGGCAUCCAUGGGUAUGCUGUCGCCACGGGGUAGGAAUGACGUUGCAUUGGAGAUGUCGACGAGUCCGAGCAUUCGCUCGAGGAAGGCGAAGACACCCCUGCGCUACUGUCGUCCGUGGUUGCGUCUGUGAAGUCGUACGACUCAUUCUUGAACAUGGGGAGGUCGUCGAAGAUGUUGAUGUCAACGUCUUCCAUGAUGGGAUGCGUAGAUGGCGGUACUCCAUCGAAUAGGCAUGCCAUGUCGUCGUCGAUCAGCAUCAUAUCCAAAUGUGUCGAGUCCAUGGCGCCGGGUGCGGACGGAACAAGAUGAAUCCAACAAUACAUGCGUCGCUGGAAUAGCGUGGAG